CGCCGUGACUCUUACCGCGGCGGGGGCUCCGCGCGCUGCUUAGUCACGGCCCCCCCCGUGUCCCCCCCCCGCGCCGCCGCCGCCUCCCGCCGCCGCCGGGGCCGCGCCAUGGCCGGGUUCUCAUCCCCCCACCCCUCCUAACCCCCUCCCCACCCAACGCAAGGGGGGGGUCUGCGAUGCUGGGGCCAUGUCCGCCCCCCCGCCCCCCGAAUGCCAGGCGGAGGUGACCCCCUCACCGGGGGGGUCCGGUUCCUUCAGCUACAGCUUGGCCGAACACCCCAAAGCCGCCUUGGCCAUCAUGAACCAACUCCGUUUGGAACGGCAGCUUUGCGACGUCACCCUGCGAGUCCGUUACCGUCACGACGUCCCCCCCGCCGAUUUCCCGGCUCACAAAAUCGUUUUGGCGUCGUCGAGCCCCGUUUUUAAAGCCAUGUUCACGACGGGGUUACGGGAACGCGGGAUGGAGGUGAUUCCCAUCGAGGGGGUCCACCCGCGGGUGAUGGAGAGGUUGGUGGAAUUCGCUUACACGGCGUCCAUCUCGGUGGGGGAGAAGUGCGUCCUCCACGUCAUGAACGGCGCCGUCAUGUACCAGAUCGACAGCGUCGUCCGCGCCUGCUGCGACUUCUUGAUCCAGCAGCUUCACCCCAGCAACGCCAUCGGCAUCGCCAACUUCGCCGAGCAGAUCGGCUGCCUGGAGUUACACCAGAAAGCUCGGGAGUACAUCUACAUGCACUUCGGGGAGGUCUCCAAGCAGGAGGAAUUCUUCAACCUGUCCCACUGCCAGCUGGUGACCCUGAUCAGCCGCGACGAGCUGAACGUGCGCUGCGAGUCCGAGGUUUUUCACGCCUGCAUCAACUGGGUGAAACACGACUGCCCCAACCGCCGCCUCUACGUCCAGGCUCUGCUCCGCGCCGUCCGCUGCCAUUCCCUCACCCCGCACUUCCUUCAGAUGCAGCUCCAGAAAUGCGAGAUCCUCCGCUCCGAUUCCCGAUCCAAGGAUUACCUGGCGCAAAUUUUUCAAGAUUUAACUCUUCAUAAACCCACCCAGGUUUUACCCUGUCGGACCCCCAAGGUGGGGCAGCUCAUUUAUACGGCCGGGGGUUAUUAUCGGCAAUCUUUGAGUUAUUUGGAAGCUUACAACCCUCGGGACGGAUCUUGGAUUCGUUUAGCCGAUCUUCAGGUUCCCCGGAGCGGUUUGGGGGGUUGCGUGGUGGGGGGGCUUUUUUACGCCGUGGGGGGACGGAAUAAUUCCCCCGACGGGAACACGGACUCGGCCGCCAUCGACUGCUACAACCCCAUGACCAACCAGUGGUCCCCCUGCGCCCCCAUGAGCGUCCCCCGCAACCGCAUCGGGGUGGGGGUGAUCGACGGGAUGAUUUACGCCGUGGGGGGGUCGCACGGAUGUAUCCACCACAGCAGCGUGGAGAGAUACGAGCCGGAGAGGGACGAGUGGCAGCUGGUGGCCCCCAUGCUGACGCGACGCAUCGGGGUGGGGGUGGCGGUGCUGAACCGCCUCCUUUACGCCGUGGGGGGGUUCGACGGCACCGCGCGCCUCAGCUCCGCCGAGUGUUACCACCCCGAGCAGGACGCCUGGAGAGCCAUCGCCCCCAUGGCCACCAUCCGCAGCGGCGCCGUGUCGCCGCUGCCCCCGCUCCCACGGCAGCCCAUGGGCCGGAUCCACCCACCGCACCGGCACAGCCACCGGCCCCCUCCCGCCACCGCCGUACCGGGAUGA